UAAGUGUAGCGUAAUGCGUGACUUUCCUUUUUCAGAACCGAAAAUUCAAACCUAAUGGAACAAUCUUCAUAUAGCCUAAUUUGAUAAUUCUUGGACGUUGUUACUGAAGAGGUGAUGGAAAACUUUAGCUACAUCUUUUUGUGAGCAGAGGACCAGAUCGAUGAAGUUGUUUUUUACACGCACUCAGUUUUCGCGUCAUGUUUAGACUGUUGUUGGGUGUUUUAUGAAGAGGUUAAGAAAAAUGAUUCACAGCGCAUCUUUCUUCUGUCUGUGUCUUUUGCUAUCGACUGGUGUGUUUGGUGAUACAGAUGAAGUGAAGUCAGUAUCAGUGACUGAAGGAGAUUCUGUCACACUAAACACUGAUGUUAAAGUACAGAGAGAUGAUCACCUACUGUGGACGUUUGGAGCUCAAGAGAGUCGAAUAGCAGAAAUCUACAGACAGAACAUUAAUAUAGAUGCCACUAAUACAAUAUUUGAGAAAAGACUCCAGAUGGACUCUUUCACUGGAUCUCUGACCAUCAGAAACAUCAGAGGCACAGACUCUGGACUUUAUAAACUACAGAUCAUCAGCAGCAGAAAAACUUCAUACAAGAGAUUCAGUGUUUCUGUCUAUGCUCGUCUGCCUGUUCCUGUCAUCACCAGAAACUCCUCAAACUGUUCAUCUACAUCACCAUCAUCAGUGUCCAGAUGUUCACUGCUGUGUUCAGCUGUGAAUGUGAGUGCUGUGACUCUCUCCUGGUACAAAGGAAACAGUUUAUUGUCCAGCAUCAGUGUGUCUGAUCUCAGCAUCAGUCUCUCUCUUCCUCUGGAGCUUGAGUGUCUGGAUGAUUCUUACAGCUGUGUUGUGGCUUAUUCAUUCACCAACAGGACGACACAUCUCAACAACACUGAUCUCUGUCAGCCAUGUCCAGAACGGGAAGAGGGUUCACGUCUUGUUUCAAUAGUUGUUAUAGCACUGCUCCUGCUGCUGCUGCUGUUAGCUGUAGUUGGAGUUAAGGCUCAAGAGGAAGAGAUACUUUAUGCUGACACAACAUUCUGUGCAUAUCGAGUGAAGAGUACGGAUAACGUUGCAGCAGAUCAAACAUUAUAUUCAACUGUUAAGACAUGAAGGACCCCUGGAUGAAAGAAGAAAGCCAUCGUAUUUACAACUGUGACAAUAAGUUUAUUAGGAUCAACUAAAUGCAGAAUUUUCAAAUAUGUAAAAUUUGCACUAUAGACAUAUGAAAUAUGUCCAAGAUUUUUACACAGCAGUCUUUUAUUGAGGGGACAUUUUCAUGCCCCUAAACAUGACAUGUAACAAAAUGAAAUAUGAUAGUUGCUUUAACUGUCGAUCAUGCCCUCUUGGCAGUCCUUUGCCAUUAAAACCCCUUCACAUCUGUCAUAAUAAUUUACAUUUAUAUUUUACCUUUGCAGUUUAAAUAAUCCAUACAUGUUAUUUAUUUUAACAGGGCAUCUUGCUUUAUUAAUAUUUAUUAUAAAUGCCUUUAAUAAUGAACUUCAACAACAUAAGGACAGAUCCAUUUAGUGCAGCUGAUGUUGCUUUGAUUCCUCCGUCCUUGUUUCCUUUUCUUGUAUCUCCCUUAUAUCUUGGUGGAGCUAAGACGCAAGGAAAUGUAGCGAGGAAAGGAAAUGAGGAUGCACAGAUAAGAAAUGAGAAGCACCACCGAUGUCACUUUGAUAACACCAGUGUUUCUCCUUACAUGUGUUUCAUUAAAUUUCAAUUAGGAGCAGCUAGUGUUAAAUAUUAGUGUCAGAUUAGUGAGGUAGUUUUUGUAAAUAUGAAUAUUUUCAUUUCACUCCACAUUUCACAGUAUUAUUUUGUAUGAUUUUAUAUAUUUUGUAAUGCUUUAGGAGUGCGUGUCAUAUAUAUAUACUAGUCAU